AUGAUAAUGAAAUUUAGUAGCAGAAGUGUACCAAAAUCAGCAUCAAAUGGAAACAAUACAGAACCAUCAAAAAGACUUAUUAUUCAUUCACCAAUAAUUAUUCGGCAAGCUCCAUCACCACCACCUCUACCAUUCAUUCAGCUGUUUCGGCGAUCAAUGGAUAUCGAAGCAGCAAAUAAGAAACAAGAAUUAAUCAAUGGUUUCCAAAACUUGAUUAAUGAGAAAGAUAAGCGAAUAGAAGCUUUAAUUAAUGAAAAAAAGGAAAAUGAAAAGAAAUAUCAAGAAGAUAUUACAAAAUUAACAAAUGAAAUUCAGAAAUUACAAAAACAGUUGGUCGUUAUACCUCAAUCAAAUACGCCAGGGAUUAACAAUUAUUUACGACUAAUGGGUGGCGUACCAGGGAUUUACAAAUGCUUGACAAUUGUUAGUGGUGCACUUUUAUACACAAUUUAUCGGCGAUGCAAAUGA